AUGGCAACUACUAAUACCAUCAUCAAUUCUCCCCGUGAUCCCAACACUCUGGCGAACUACAACAAUUGGCGUACAUUGCACACAGCUACGACUCUGGAUAUCCUCUUCGAUCAGAAGAAAUUGACAGGGAACGUCGUUCAUACCCUGAAAGCAAUCACCGAUGGUCAGAGUGACGAAGUUAUUUUGGACACCAGCCACUUGCUCAUUCACGACGUCAAAGUAGAGGGCAAACCUGCGAAAUGGGAAUUGCUUCAACGCUUUGAGCCUUACGGCAGCGCAUUGAAGAUCAAACUCGACCACAAGCCAUCCUUGGAGAAAACAAUAGAUGUUCAAAUUCAUGUCGAAACCACACCGGCUUGUACAGCUCUUCAAUGGUUGACACCGGAACAGACCUCGAACAAGAAGCAUCCUUACAUGUUUUCUCAAUGUCAGGCCAUUCACGCUCGCUCGGUCUUCCCUUGCCAGGAUACUCCAGACGUGAAAGCAACCUUUGAUUUUCAUAUCACCUCACCUCUUCCAGUUGUUGCCUCUGGUAUUGCUGCCAAAGACAACCCAACAUCACCGUCGACGAACGGAUCGUCCCAAGUCUUCAAAUUUCAUCAGAAAGUUCCCAUUCCAGCCUAUCUAUUUGCCCUGGCUGCUGGCGAUAUUGCGACUGCUCAAAUCGGUCCCCGGAGCUUCGUGGCAACUGGCCCAGAUGAGUUGAAGGACUGUAAGUGGGAGUUUGAGGAAGAUACGGAAAAGUUUUUGCAAGCUGCCGAAUCUUUGGUUUAUCCUUACGCGUGGGGCGAGUACAAUGUACUGGUACUCCCACCAUCCUUCCCCUAUGGCGGAAUGGAGAAUCCCGUCUACACAUUUGCGACCCCAACUGUCGUCUCAGGUGAUCGACAGAACGUCGACGUGAUUGCACAUGAGCUUAGCCACUCAUGGUCUGGAAAUCUUGUUUCCAACGCAUCAUGGGAGCAUUUCUGGCUUAAUGAAGGUUGGACGACGUACUUGGAACGCCGCAUUCAGGCCAAAGUUCAUGGAGGCAAUCAAUGGCGAGAUUUCUCUGCCAUCAUUGGUUGGAAGGCCAUGAGCGACAGCAUUGAGCAAUUUGGAACUGAACACGAGUUUACAAAACUGGUCAUCGAUCUCAAGGGCAAGGAUCCUGACGAUGCCUUCUCGAGCAUCCCGUACGAGAAAGGCUUCAACUUUUUGUACUACAUCGAGAAGCUCAUCACGCAGAAAGAAUUCGACAAAUUUGUCCCUCACUAUUUCGAGAAGUGGCGUGGAAAAUCACUCGACAGCUACGACUUCAAAGCGACGCUAUUGGAUUUCUUCGCUGAUGACAAGGCUGUCUCGGCCAAGCUGGCAGAAAUCGACUGGGACACGUGGUUCUACAAGCCAGGUUACCCACAAAAGCCAGACUUCGACACCACACUCGCCGACGCAGCCAAUAAACUCGCCGACCAAUGGGAGAAAUUCAUCACGGACCCGGCCCAAGGAUUCCGACCGGCUUCACAGGACAUCGAAGGCUGGUCGGCGAACCAAGUAGUCGUGUUCCUCGAGCGCAUUCUACAAUUCAAAGAGACGCUACCCAUGCCGCACGUGAACUAUAUGGGCUACAUCUAUAAUCUGAAGGAAACGCGCAACGUCGAGGUCAGCAGCCGGUACUACCAGAUCGCGAUGGCGAGCGGCGACUUCAGCAUCAAGAACUUCGUGACGAUCUUGCUGGGCCAGGUCGGACGCAUGAAGUUCGUCCGUCCGCUGUUCCGCGGCCUCAUCAAGAUGGACAUUGACUUGGCCGUCGAGACGUUCGAGAAGAACAAGGACUUCUAUCAUCCCAUUUGUCGGGCUAUGGUCGCCAAGGAUCUUUUUGGCGCCAAGGACCGCUUGGAGAGCGAAAACCAGCAGCAAGCUUAG